CAAGACAUAGUUCACUCGAUGUUUCUGAAAAUUUGAAAGGCAGGAGCAUGCUUGUAGCUGCCAUUAUGGAUAUCGUCACAUCCAACUGUGAUAGUAUAGAAAAGGUGUCUUUUAAGCCAUCCCUGUCAGGGAAUGCUGAAACACGGGAUAUAGCAGCUGCCAUUGAAGUUAUUGAAGACGGUGGCAUGCGUUUGGAUGAGUCACAUGAAAAUGAAGAUGAUGAAGACGGUGACAGUGGAAUAAAGGGGAUUGGUAUUAAGGUUCUUGGGGGUACAUCAGUUUUAGGCCUAUCAAGAACACAUCCCGUUGUGAAGCUGGGGAGUUCUGAUACUAGUGAUUUGGGAUUAACAAGGCUUACUACACAAAGUCUUCUCCUGCAAAAUAAGCUUGACAGUUCACUAGCACAAAGCAAUUUGUCUUCUGCUGUUGUUCCUGGGCUCUGGGAUGAUUUGAAUUGUCAACAUGUUGCUGUUCCUUUUGCUGCAUGGGCAUUGGCUAACUGGGCGAUGGCAUCAGAUGUGAAUAGAUCAUGCAUACAGGAAUUGGAUGCAGAUGGGCAAGCUGUCAUGACUGCUUUAAUGGCGCCUGAGAGAUCAGUAAAAUGGCAUGGGAGUUUGGUGGCUCGCUUGCUAUUAGAGGAUCAGAAUCUACCUUUGAGUGAUUCUGUUUCUGAUUGGAGUUCCAGUCUUCUUUCUACUGCAUCUCAGGCAACUAAAAAUGAAGACAUUCCUUUGGCUCGGGUGGCUUUGUCAGCAUUCUUGGUUUCUGUUGAGAAAAGCCCAGGUGCACAAAAGAUAGUUAUGGAAAAGGGUCUUCAUCCAUUGAGAGACACUGCUAAGCGAACUAUGAAGCAUAAUCAUGUGCAAGAAACAUUAGCAAAAGCAUUGGAAUUGCUUUGUACUGGGGACUUGAAUUUACCUCUUGAAGAGGGUCAAAGGUGGUCUGCUGUAUUGCUACCUUGGGUUUUUGGAAAAUCAUCCUCUGACACUAUACGUUUGUCAGCUAUAAGAAUCCUUUCUCGCAUUCUCGAAGACUAUGGACCAUAUUCUGUACCGAUUUCUCAAGGAUGGUUAGCUAUUCUGCUUACAGAAAUUAUGGCUUCCAAAAAGGCAUCAUCAACUAAAGGAACCACUCAGCCUAGUUCUGUCAAAGUGAAGACUCAAAUUGAUCAGGCGAACAUGCUUUCCGCUUCGCAGAGUACUAACCAGUUAGUGGCAGCUGUUGUUAAUCUAGCAGGAAAUGCGCUUGGAACAACCACCAAUUCUGUUGAUACAUUUCCACUGGCAGAUCUUCUUUCCAUGGAACCUUUUUCUGGGACAUUUAAAACUCUAAAGAAAGAUAGUGUGCCUAAGGUUAAUGUGGCAGAUUCUGCAAAGGCAACCCUGAAGGGAAUCAAAGCACUGACUGAAGUUUGUGCUGAUGAUUCUUUAUGUCAGGAGAAAAUAACAGAUUUUGGGGUUUUAUGUUUGUUGAGACGGUUUUUGUUACGUGAUGAUUAUGAGAAACUUGCUGCCAUAGAAGUGUAUGAUGCUUCUAAGACGCUUGAGGCACAAGAGCGACCCUCAAAUGUUCCUGGAGAAUCAUCUAUUUCAGAAAGUAAUGAUCCAUCUAGUGUCCGGGUUCCACCUACAGCUCACAUCCGCAGGCAUGCAGCUAGGCUGUUAACUAUCCUCUCUCAACUUCCGAAAGUCCAGAAAAUCAUCAUAGCAGAUGAAACUUGGUGUAAAUGGCUUGAGGAUUGUGCUAACGGUGAGAUCUCAGGUUGCAGUGAUCUCAAAACACAAAGUUAUGCUAGAGCAACACUUAUAAAUUUAUUUUGCGGUCGCCAAAUUAAUAGAGAUUCUGCAAAUGAUGACAUUCCUGAUGCCGGUAUUGCAAAUGGAAACAAAAAUUGUCCCCGGUAUGAUGACAUGAUAUUUUUAAUUAAUCCUGAACUACCCCAUUGGACUUGCCCUGAAAAUAACGAUCAACACACUGUUCAAAUGGAUGCAUCCUCUUCGGAUGAAGCUAGUUCUCUUGACAGUGAGGAUAGGUCUGUCCCCAGAUUUUCAAAUGAUGUUAACAUAUCCAGUUCUGUGGAUGCAUCUCACAGUGGUGCAGGCACAAGGGAGCCUCUUCUGGAUGUUGUUUUUGUCCAUGGCCUCCGUGGAGGGCCAUAUAAGACUUGGCGCAUCUCCGAGGAUAAGUCAUCCACUAAAUCUGGCUUAGUAGAGAAGAUUGAUCAGGAAGCAGGAAAGCUUGGAACAUUCUGGCCAGGUGAAUGGCUUUCAGCUGACUUCCCUCAAGCUCGUAUGUUUAGCCUUAAGUACAAGACAAAUCUAACACAAUGGUCUGGCGCUAGCCUGCCUCUUCAGGAAGUUAGCUCGAUGCUGUUAGAGAAGCUUGUUUCUGCAGGUAUUGGGAAUCGCCCUGUUGUUUUCGUGACUCACAGCAUGGGAGGUCUGGUUGUUAAGCAGAUGCUGCACAAAGCAAAAUCAGAUAAUCUCGAUAACCUUGUGAAAAACACCAAAGGAGUUGUUUUCUAUAGCUGCCCACAUUUUGGAAGCAAACUUGCAGACAUGCCUUGGAGGAUGGGACUGGUGUUUCGUCCAGCACCAACUAUAGGAGAGCUAAGAAGUGGGUCUCCAAGAUUAGUAGAGCUUAAUGACUAUAUCCGCCUCCUUCACAAGAAGGGGCUGCUUGAUGUCCUCAGUUUCUGUGAGACCAAGGUAACUCCAAUUGUUGAAGGUUAUGGAGGAUGGGCUUUCCGAAUGGAAAUUGUACCAAUUGAAUCAGCAUAUCCCGGAUUCGGUGAACUCGUUGUAUUAGACUCAACGGAUCAUAUAAACUCUUGCAAACCACUCAGCCGCACUGAUCCCUCGUAUACAGAGAUACUAGGGUUCUUGUGGAAGCUGAAAGCCAAAUACAAGAGACAAUAGUGUAAAGAAAGCAUGCCUCAGAAAUUGUGUUCAAGAAUCAUCCAAAUACCAAAACCAGACCACGCCGGUGUUUUUUUGUAUCGAAUGUGGGUCUGGUCAGGUGUCGUCACACCAAGUCGCACCUGGGUAGAAACAGAACUAAAAGCAUAUUUUUGACAUGUGAGAGUUAGCCAGGCAUUCUGUAUAUCAGAAACUAUUCUAACCCGCUUUGAUCAAUUAGCGGAGUUGUUUAUGUACACUAGAAUUGUCAAUUGUCAUCCAACAGAAGCAGAUAGGGCGGAUUCUUUUGUACAUUAUCAUCCAGAAUCUCAACCCUCACAAGUUGUCAAUCUUUAACCAUUAUUCUUGGUGUACUCAUUUUAUAUUGUUAAUAUACUUUGUAGAGUAGCUAGCUUCAUGACAAAGAUGUUGUAUCAUCAUGUAUGUACUCUCAAAUUGUUAUACUAGUGAACAAUUUUUAUUGUAAA